ACAGGUGUGUGUUGUGUUUACAGGUGUGUGCUGUGUUGUGUUUACAGGUGUGUGUUGUGUUUACAGGUGUGUGCUUACAGGUGUGUGUUGUGUUUACAGGUUUAUGUUGUGUUGACAGGUGUGUGUUGUGUUGACAGGUGUGUGCUGUGUUGACAGGUGUGUGUUGUGUUGACAGGUCACAUGAUGAGCUCCACCUUCUCUCCAUCAUCUUACCUGAGCUUCGGCGUGUCUCCCCCUGCUGCUCACCGUGAGGAUCGCAGCGUCUCUCAGCGCUCUCUGUCGGGCCCCGUCCCCUUCCUCCUCUACCCGUCUGGAAUGGACCCUCUGAGGGGCCCCGGGCUCCUGCCCUACCUGGCCCCCUUCCACCACCAUGGACACUUCAGCGUCUACGAGUGUCCCUUUGAGCCGGCGUUCAUCCAGAAGCGUAACGAGCGGGAGCGUCAGAGGGUGAGGUGCGUGAACCAGGGUUACGCCAAACUGAGGGACCACCUGCCGGGUCAGAGCGCCGACAAGCGCCUCAGCAAGGUGGAGACGCUCAGAGCCGCCAUCAGGUACAUCAAAUACCUGCAGGGCCUGGUGGAGCUGGAGGAGGGCGGAGCCAACACCUCGCCUCCUAGACGGGACUGUGGAGGAGAAUCUGACGGAGAACUGAGAACACUGAAGUGAGGCGGAGCCACCUGGAGAAACAAACACACCUGUCUGUACACACGUGUCUCGUUUGCAUGUUAGAAGGAACAUUAGCUGUCACAGUUCACGGCUCUCACAUUCAAACUUUUCCACGACAUCUGACCCCAUCACCACGACUAACGUGUCGGCGUCCAUCACCAUGCAGCCGUACGUUAUUAACCCAGCUCUUCUCAGACGUAAAGAUGAGCACCUGCUGACUUUACUCACUCGUUAGACAUUCCUGCAGCCAACUAGUUGCAUACGUCAACACACCAUAUUGCCACAUGCUGUCGCUUGGCUAAACGCCAAGGCCACUCCCCUUUUAAGGGACAGAAAAUAGAAGAUCCUGUAGAUGUUGAUGCAGCCUGACGUGUCUGGAUCACAACUGACGUCUGCAGUUAUUUCAUCUGAAAUAUUUUAGAGACGCCAAAUUGUUUUUCCAUCUGAGCGUUUCUCUCCUGAUGUGACGCCACAUUUCUUUCCCCAAAAAGUGGGCGUGGCCUUGGCAGUGACGUGAUGUUGGUCUGGUCUGUGUAUCAUGUGAUACGUGUGACGUUUUACCGGUCACGCAGCGCCACACCACAUUUGAAAUGAUUCGCACAAGAAUCAUAUCUCUGGGGUUUUAAUGACAUUUUUUAAACGGCAGCUAAAACAACGUAAAUUCAAGAGUUUUCCAAAACAUCCUGUUAAUUCCAAACCAUUUCCAGGCCUGGAAAACUGUUUCAUGACUUCCCUGACUAUGGGAACGCUGACAUUAAUAAUGGGCUGUGAAUGUUGAAACAGUCUCUCUUUAUUUUUAAUAUUUGUUAACGCACAAACUGCAGAGGAAGAACUGAGACACUGCUAACAUGCAUCCUGUGAGCUAACGGGAGCGACGGCCUCGGCCCUGAUCUGGUCGUCAGUCGCGCGUCUUGGGCGACCAAAGCGACAGGAGCGGUCUGGAGGGGAGUUCAAACUCGUUUAACUUUAUGGUAAUGAGCUCUGACGCGGUUCGGUGACAACCAAUCAGAAUGCUGACGUACUUCGAUGAAGCGGGUCCCAGAGAACAAGCCAUGUAACUUUGGUUCUUACAGCACACUUGUUCCCACAAUGAAUAUCGAGAAGUUUAUUACUUGCGCUGGCGCCAGCUCAGUCCUUUAUAAUGUGUCACUGUUCAGUUACAGAGACCAAAAUAAAAAGAAUGAGGCUUGGGACGGCGUCGCGGAGUCGUUGGUCUGGUGAGUUUUAAAGUGUGUGAUGUUCGUAAUAGAGGAGAGAACUGCAGGCUAAUGUUGAGACGUAGCAUGCAAGUCUUCCUUGCUUGGUUUGAUGACAUGCGUUUUCUGUUUUCAUUGACCAAACAUAACUCUCUGUUGGCCAACUAUGAGCUUUUUGACUGGACAACAACAAGCAGCAACUACGCUGCUUUCAAGCCAGUAGUCGCUUUGUGGCUCCUUUAAAGUG